UUUCUAAUCAUCAGUUGAAAUGGAACAGACCUUUAUUCUCCAAACAAGGUUUUAGUGUCCCUCUGUAUAUACACAUUUCGAUAAAGACUUAUUGUUUAUUAAAAACAGCGUGAACACUAUGAAUAUCGCUGACUUAAUUCCGGUCGAUCUUAGUAACGAUCAUGAGUACCCAUCGAGCAGUAAUUCUUCGCUGGACGUCGAAGUGGACAGUGGUAACGAACAUCAGACACCGUCGAUUAGUACUAAAGAUGUAGAGCAGCGUUCUUCAAAAGAACAACAAUUUGUGCCCUCUAGGGUAACCUGUACUGGAGCGACAAUGAGCAGUGAGAAAAUUCAGCCACGCGUUUUACGCUCUUCCAGUCGAACCCUGUACGCGAAUUCAAUUCCAGGAAACGUUUUAAGAAUAACUCCACCAACCACGACACCCCCGGAAACAUUACUACAAGUUGAUUCAAAUGUCGAAGCUUCAUCGAUUGUUACAAUAGAUUUUGCUAAUGGAGAAUGUACUGGCACUAGUGAACGAAUUGAAGCCGUCGGGAUCGGUAGCAAAGGAUACUGUACGGAUACUUUUACAAGUGCGAACGUUAGACCAUUGGUGAGCGGAUAUGAUCCUUCUAGUGCAGUGUUUCUCAAAAGUAUUGGAAACGCAAAUGUGUUAAAUCAGUUUGAUACCAGUGUUUGGAAAAAGCGAGCCCUCGAAAUGGAAAAAGAUUACAAAAAAACAGCAUGCGAUCGCGAGAGGACCAGAAUGCGUGAUAUGAAUCGGGCUUUUGAUUUACUUCGUUCGAAACUACCACGAACAAAACCGUCUGGGAAAAAAUAUUCCAAAAUAGAAUGUUUGAGACUUGCUAUUCAGUACAUUCAACAUUUGCGGAGAGAACUACAGUAUUCAACAACUCCUCCUGCGCAUACAAUGGACUAUUGCUACGAUAUGCCUCCCUACAAUUCACCGCCUCCAGUGACUCAAACAGCAGCGACAACAGCAUAUCUUAACAUGGAUUCAAACAACAAUGCUCUCCACCACAUUCCUGCUCACAAUUCACAAUGGUAUAUUACGAGUAACUCGGAGGGGUACAGCUAUUACUAUCUGCCGUGAUUAAAAUUGUUCAAUAAACUUACAAAUCCUUUCUCUUAUAGACGGCCACCAAAUGAUUGGUCAUAGGAGUAUUGUCUGUU